GCAGAAGUAAUGGCGAAGUAAUGCAGAAAGGUCUCAAAUAAACGGCAGAGUUGAAAAUAUCAUAAAAUAGAAAAGAAAACAUGAGAAUUUUUUUGGAAUAUGUUUGCAUGUUGCCAUUGUUAUUUUCUUACAGUCUUAGUUUGUUAAUGUCAAAUACUCCUCUCCAUCUGGCAUUGAAAAUAUUGAAUUACCUUUGCAUCAGGCAUGAAACAGCACAGUCCAGACCAAGGUCUUGUGGAUUUGCUGCAGAUGGAAAGAUUGAGAGAUAGUCAAGGCAAGCAAACAUUCAUCCUUGACAAUUGAUACUGUGUGUUUAUAGAAGAGUUGAGGUACAACGUUAAUUACAGACGACUUCAUGUGACUUUAAAUCAUGUAACAAUCUGGAGGUUUGAAUUGAAAACAGAACAAAUGUGUUAUAUGUACAAGCUUAGUGUGCGUUAUCACAAUCAACAAUGUAAUGCAGAGAUCUCAAGCUAAAAUAUAGUUAAUUGAAACUACAGUACAUAUUCAGUUCUUCAUUUAACUAAUGGAUUACAAGGUCAGCAAGGGAACAAUCACAUGCAAUGCACACACAAGCUCUCACACACACACAAAAUGGGGCAGGCGUAAGCAAGGUAUAAAAGGUAGUUAUACCUGUGUCUGAGAAGACAGAUUGAUCACAUCUCACUGGAAGUCAAGAACAAAGGUAAAAAAAAAAAAUUCAAAUGAAAUAUUUUUGAUCUUAAAGAAUUCACUUAAAAUGUACAAAUAUAACAUUCGGGAGGAAACAAUUAUCAGGGUGUUUGAACAUAUUUGAUGCAUUUUAAAAAUGUGAGGUGUUUGUAAAGUGUGUUCCUUUUUCAUCUGUUUUACUUUUUCUGUUAUAGCCAUCAUGUUUUGGACAAGAUAUGCUGGAGAAAGUAUAUUAUUGUUUUUAAUGCUUAUUCAUCUUGGACAACUGUAUCCAAGAAAUGAUAUGACUAACUUUGGGUGUGAGGAGUGCAAGCUCAAGGAGAACAACAUUUUCUCGAAACCUGGGGCUCCUGUCUAUCAGUGUAUGGGAUGCUGCUUUUCUAGGGCUUACCCCACACCCCUGAGGUCCAAGAAAACCAUGCUUGUUCCCAAAAAUAUCACAUCAGAAGCUACAUGCUGUGUAGCCAAAGAAGUUAAACGGGUACUUGUCAAUGAUGUCAAACUAGUGAACCACACGGACUGCCACUGUAGCACCUGUUACUAUCACAAGUCUUAAAAACACUAUCUUACUAAUUUACUUGUUUGCUUACAUUUAGUUAUAUUCCUGUCUACCUGUCAUUUUACUGCAGUGCUUAUUUUCUGUUUUUAAUUCACAAUGACUUAUAUAAGCUAUUUAAAGUGAAACUAUACUGUUAGAAGUUUGCUAUACCCAUGCAUACUGUGCCAAUUUUCUUAUGUAAACUAGUUUGCUAGUGUUUUCAACCAUUCUUUUUUAAAAGGUUGCCCUACUUCCAUAAAUACCUUAAAAGCAUAACAUGCUAUUCGAAUUAAAUAGAAUUUUUAAAAUUCAAGAUAUGCUUGAUAUUAAUUUAAGCCCUAUUUUAUUGGUAAUUGCUGACUUGUUUUGUCGUCACUGCUGUAAGAUUGUUCAAAUACAUUAAUUAAAAAGAAGAUUGCUUGA